ACUGAUCAUCAGUGCUCAGAUGAUCAGUGCAGCCUAUCAGUGCUGCCUAUCCGUGCCACCUCAUCAGUUGCUGCCCAGCAGUGCCACCCACCAGUGCGCAGCAGGGCCACCCACCAUUGCCCAGCAGUGCCACCCAGCCGUCCUGCCCAGAAGUUGCACUCAUCAGUGCCCAGCAGUGCUGCCCAUCAGUUCCGCCAGUCAGUGCCAUCAGUCAGCGCCGUUAGUCAGCCCAUCCGUCAGUGUCGUCCAUCAGUGCCACCUAUCAGUGCCCAUCAGUGCCACCUAUCAGUGACCAUCAUUGCUGCAUAUCAGUGCAGCAUCAUCAGUGCCUCCUCAUCAAUGCACACCAGUUCCGCCUUAUCAGUGCUACAGCAUCAGUGCAGCCUAUCCGUGCCCAUCAGUGCUGCCUAUCCGAGCCACCUCAUCAGUGCCCAUCAGUGUUGCCUAUCAGUG